AUGAAAGAUUUGAAAUAUAGUAUAUUGAUUUGGUUUAUAAUUACUUUUAUUCCAUCUAUAAUAUCAAUUCGAUUUGGAACAUAUAAUAUUCAAUCGGGUAGUAAUUUUGAGCAUGUUUACAAUUUAACAGAAACUGCUGAAACAAUAAGACGUCUUGAAGUUGAUAUUAUUGCAUUACAAGAAGUCGAUAAUAUAACAAUACGUCAUCCAAUAGAUCAAACAACAUACAUUGCUCAAUAUAAUAAAAAACAACCUUUUCAAUAUUUUCAUUUCGAAAAAAUGAGAAAUUUUCAAAAUGGUGGUUAUGGAAUAUCAAUUUUGUCAAAAGAAACAUCUAUUAAACGUGUAUUAACAUAUCAUUAUAAUAAUACAACAGCCGAACAAUGCACAGUACAAAAGGAAGGUGAUUAUUGUCAAGGUUUUAUAUUAUUUGAAAUUCCAUUUAAAUAUCAAGAUAAUACUAAUUUAUCAAUUUAUUUUGGUACAACUCAUUUAGGUAUCGGUCUAAAUGGUUUACAACAAUUAAAUGAAGCUAAGCAAAUUGUUCAAUGGAUGACUGAUAAUAUUAUAAAUGUUAGUACAAAUCCUUAUAUAAUAUUGAUGACAGGUGAUUACAAUACCAUUCCAAGUGAUGAUUCAAUUAAAAAUGUGAUGCUUUCUUUAUUUGAUGAUUUAUGGACAGCAGAAGAUAUUUGUCAAAAAAUUAUAGAUCCAUCUAAUAUUAAUGGAUAUACAUUUGAUGCAUUGAAUCCAUCGAAACGAAUUGAUUAUAUAUUUAAAUUAAAAAGCUCAAAUUUUCCUGAUCAAAUUAAAUUGAAUUGUAAAAUUCAAGUUGUUUCAACAUUAUCAUCCGAUCAUAGACCAGUUAUAUUAAAUUUUGACUUAUCUUAA